GCAAGCAUCAGUCAUCUGUCACCAUGAUCUCCUACGUCGGGCUUGUUGUACUAAUCUGCGCGGUCGCUAUCAACGCUGAUCCACAAUGCGUUGUGGCGUCGAGCGGUAUUAUAACAGGCUUGGUUCAUUAUAACUUGGACCCAGUUUAUUUGCAACCUAAUAUUGCUGACUAUAAAGUUAAUAUUCCGCAUGUUCCUCAAUGCACGAAUGGAGAGGCUGGUGUAAAAGCAAUAAUCUGCGAUGACGAUGUGGCACCCACCGGUUCAUUUGUAGACUUUAACACAUUAUUAGUACAUCGUCUUGGUAAUUUACAAAAUGUUGGUACUGUUUUAAUAACAGUGUACUGUAAUUAGACCAAAGUGUCAAAA